CGUUUUCCCGGCAGCCAAUCGGAACACGCGGCUGGUUUCGGUCCCGCCCACCACCCCCUCUCCUUCGGGCUAAAGCUCUGCGAAGUGUCGCCACACGCGCCACUACACGCACACGACUGCACGCGAGGACUUUAGUCACUCUCAGCUGAUGUUUUUGUUGUUGCGAGAAUGAUUCCCGAGGAGAACUUUACUUCCAGCGUCAUGGAGAACAGGAUGCAAUCAGCAGGUCUGGCCCUGGAGGAGCUUCUAGUGACGGCUCAGAAACAAGACUUUCUGACUGUCGGCAUCUAUGAGUCGGCUAAACUCCUCAACGCGGACCCGGACAGCGUGGUCCUGUGCGUCCUGGCGACUGACAACGAAGACGAUGUGGCGCUGCAGAUCCACUUCACCCUGCUGCAGUCGUUCUGCUGCGACAGCGGCAUCACCAUCCUGAGGGUGUCCGGUGUGACGCGGCUCCGCCAGCUGCUCGGAGCUGUGGACGGCAACCGCAACCAGGAAGAGCCCAAAGACCUGCACUGCAUGCUGGUGACGAACCCCCAGGCUGAGCACUGUAGGCUCCAGGAAGUGGGGAUCUACUGCCAGGAGAGCCGCCGCAUGAACCAGUGGGUGCCUGAACUGGUCCUGCAGGAGCGUUGAAGUGCUCCCUAACACCACAGCAAAAACGGAGGAGCGCUUUCUGGGUUCACGUACAGAUGAUGAACUGUACAGAUGAAGAUGUUGCAGCUCUGCAAGGGGACGGCACAGCGUGGCCACGGCUGUCCCGAUUUAUGUGAGAGAAGCUGGAAUGAAGGACACACGACGAGCUUGGAGGAUCACAUUUCCAGACUAUUUGUUAUAUGCAGGCCAGGUUGUCCUGAGACUGUCUGUACUUUGUGCUGCUAAUCAGCUCUCGCCGCCUGCUCGGUGCAACAUGAGGGCUGCUGAGAGGAGAAAUUCCACACCCCAGCUGGUUUCUGGAGGGGCCGCGUGGUUUCUUGGAACCAGACAGGAAUGUCGCAAUGCUGAAACUAUGCCGAGCAUUCCUGUGUGUUGCUACGGCAUGGAAGAUUCCUUGCAGAGGAGUGUGCUUUGCAGUGUCAGAGAGGACUUUGCAAGAGGAAUUGACUCCAUGGAAACAGAAAUGGUGUUCACUUUCUGAGUAUUGGGUAUUGACACCUUGAUGAACUAGUGAAUAGUACAUGUAUUGUCUUUGUUGAUGGAGUUAUUUAUGCCUUCAACUCUUGUUAAUAAAUGAUUU